UCCAGAUGUCAGGGUCCAGAGGCCUGGUCCCAGAGCUGGAGAACAGCCUGUGGAGUUCUCCCACCACAAGCUUCAUGGGCAAGAUGUGCUGGUUGCUCCUUUGGGGGGUCCUCCAUACUUGCCCCACACAGGCCUCUGUGCUUUGGGCCCAGCAGUUACCACAGCAACUGACAUCCCCUGGAUACCCAGAGCCAUAUCUCAAAGGCCAGGAGAGCCUCACUGACAUCGUGGCUCCGGAGGGGUUCGCGGUGAGGCUGAUCUUCCAGGACUUUGAUCUGGAGCCAUCCCCAGGCUGUGAAGGCGACUCUGUCACAAUUUCAAAUGGAGGAACAGAUGCAACCCGGCUGUGUGGGCAGCAAGGUUCCCCUCUGGGGAGCCCUCCUGGUCACAGGGAGUUUGUAUCCUCCGGGAGGAGCCUGCGGCUGACCUUCCAGGCGCAUUCCUCCUCCAAGAACAAACUCACACACCUCCACAAAGGCUUCCUGGCUCUCUACCAAGCCAUAGCUGUGAACCAACCUGAUGAGGAUGCUGAGGCCAUCACCACACCUGGAGCUGACCCUCCCAAGAUUCAGAACCACUGCCAAGAUCCCUAUUAUAAGGCAGAAGAGACAGGAACACUUUGCUCAUCCCUGGGGACAUGGAAGGACAGACAGGAUGGGGAAGAGGUUCCUGGAUGCGCACCAGUCUGCGGAAGACCAGUCGUCCCCAUUGCUGAGAACCCAAACAUUUUUGGUUCUUCCAGAGCUAAGCUGGGCAACUUCCCCUGGCAAGCCUUCACCAGUAUCUAUGGUCGUGGGGGUGGAGCCCUGCUGGGUGACAGAUGGAUCCUGACGGCUGCCCAUACCAUCUACCCCAAGGAUAGCAUCUAUCUCAGAAAGAACCAGAGUGUGGAAGUGUUUCUGGGUCACACAGACAUAGACGAGCUGCUGAAACUGGGGAACCAUCCUGUCCGUCGGGUUGUGGUUCACCCAGACUACCGCCAGCAGGAGUCCCACAACUUCAGUGGGGAUAUCGCCCUCCUAGAGCUUGAACACAGAGUCCCUCUGGGGCCCAAUCUCCUCCCAGUCUGUCUGCCAGACAACGAGACCCUCUACCACAGCGGCCUCUGGGGUUACGUCAGUGGGUUUGGUGUAGAGAGGGGCUGGUUAACAACAAAGUUGAAAUACUCAAAGCUGCCUGUAGCCCCCCGGGAGGCCUGUGAAACAUGGCUCCGCCAGAGGCAGCGAACUGAGGUGUUUUCUGACAAUAUGUUCUGUGUCGGGGAAGAGAUGCAGAUGAACAGUGUCUGCCAGGGAGACAGUGGCAGCGUCUAUGUGGUGUGGGACGAUCGCGCUCUUCACUGGGUGGCCACGGGCAUUGUAUCCUGGGGCAUCGGGUGUGGCAAGGGGUACGGCUUCUACACCAAUGUACUCAGCUACAUGGAUUGGAUUAAGAAGGUGAUUGAAGGUAAAGACUGACGCCAGCGGCCUGAGCAGUGGUCAGCCAGCACCGUGGAGGUCCCAGCUAAGGACAGGCAGGAAUGAGGAUCCACUCGGAGGUGGGAGACCCUAUUUAAAUCAUUGGUUCAGCAGCCCAUUGCCAAGAGAAAGCCCCGCCUCUCUGAACCUACAACCUUCUCAAAUCAGAAGCAGAAACCUCUCACCUGCUCUCCUGGAUCUUACACCAGGGGAACCCUGUAAAUCCGAGCAACCUUUGCUCAGAACGCCUUCUUGCUUGCUCAAGGCAGGAUUUCACUCUGUAGCCAGGCUGGCCUCAAACUCAUGGCAAUGCUCCUGCUUCAGCCUCCCAAACAUUGGGAUUACAAGCAUGUACACCUGGCAUCGUUGCCUUGCAUGAUUUUUUUUUUUUAAUUCCCCAACCUCAACUAUGGACAGUGUCUUCUGUAUUUACUCUUGGACUUGUGUUUCUCAAAUAUUCCGGAAACCCUUACAAUGAGCUUCAAAUAUGCAACACAACCGGCUUCACCCCCUACCCCAGCUUCUACAGGCAAUCAUGACAAUACUCCAUUUUUUUUUAAAGAUUUAUUUUACUUAUUUUAUGUGUAUGAGUACACUGUAGCUGUACAGAUAGA